CUUUGACUGGAUACAUUCAUCACAUACAUGAAGAACGACAGUGGAAUGUUUUGAUUUUACACUGGUCACCGUAGCAUUUCUAGAAAGUUACAAUUCUGAGUCUGUACACGCCUGCGGGCUGUGAACAUUGAAUAGGAUAUUUUUUAAAUAUCGGUUACGAAUACAAUUUACAUUUUUGCUGCUGUGAGGAGCAGACCAUCAAUUCAACAGAUUCCUGAUGUGUGAAAUCAUGGACCAAGUGGCACCCCAGUCUUCUGGCUACCGCUCCAGCCUUAAGCGUCAGGCAGCGUUUGACCUAUUUGAAGAUCCAAUGUCUCUGUUCUCGGGAUACUUCUUCCCUUCAGACGAUGAGCAGUCUCUUCAGGAGGUUCCCUCUGGUCUCAACUGUGUCUCAUACGACAUGGUCCCUUGCUCUGUUCCUCUGUUGACCCCAUGCAGUAAGGCAGUGAUGAGUCAGGCCCUGAAGGACAGCUUCAGUGGCUUUUCCAAGGUCCAACACAGCUGUGGCAUCUCCAACAAUCCUCGUAAGUGGACAAAGCAACAUGUUUUGCAGUGGCUCCACUGGGCAGCCACUGAGUUUAGCCUGGCCAAUAUCUACUUCUUUAAAUUUGAGAUGAAUGGUCAGGAGCUUUGUGAUCUGGGCAAGGAGAGCUUCCUUGACUUGGCCCCAGACUUUGUUGGUGAUAUCCUCUGGGAGCACCUGGACCAGAUGAUGAAAGAGUGUCAAGAGAAAGAAGAAUCCAAAAGCACGAGAAGUGUUGUGCCCUCAGUAACUAGCUGGUUGGAUUCUGUCGGCUUCAGUCUGGAAGAGACCCAGGGUGCCGUGCAGGAACCUGACCACAGCGGAAGUCUGCUGAGGGAGCUGUUUGAGACCCCAGACAAGACCGCCCAGCUGACCCCAGAUCAGGAGUUCUCCAUGUUCUCAAAGCCCCAGCUGAGCACAGUCAAUGUCAGCUACACCAGGAGCAACCCAGGCCCUGGGCAGUUUUCCAGUGCCUUUCCAUCCCGGGACCAUAGUCUGUGUUCGUUGGAGAGUGUGGACAGCUUUGAGGGGCCAGAUUCCAGGCUUCGCUCCUGGGGCAGCCAGUCCUCCCUGGCAGAAAACCAGAGGGUACCGUCCCAUGACAGCUUUGAAGAUGAGUACAACAGUAGCCCGCUAAACUUGGGGAAACAGGGCCUAUCAUUUAAGGACUACAUCCAAAAGAGGAACGAACCUGUGGAAAUGGGAAUGCCUGUCAUACCUGCAGCUGUUCUGGCGGGCUUCACUGGAAGUGGUCCUAUCCAGCUGUGGCAGUUCCUUCUGGAGCUACUUACUGAUAAAAGUUGUCAGGCCAUCAUCAGCUGGACAGGAGAUGGCUGGGAGUUCAAACUCACCGACCCAGAUGAGGUGGCUAGACGCUGGGGCCGCAGAAAGAACAAGCCCAAGAUGAACUACGAGAAGCUGAGCCGUGGCCUGAGAUACUACUAUGACAAGAAUAUCAUCCACAAGACAUCAGGAAAACGCUAUGUCUACCGCUUCGUUUGUGACCUGCAGAACCUUCUGGGCUACUCGGCCGAGGAGCUCCACAUCAUGCUGGGGGUCCAGCCAGACACAGAGGAUUGAGACAACUCGCAUUUUAUACCAAAGGGAAAGGGUUGACGAUAUAGCCAGUGGGGCUUCAAUACCCCAACCAAGCAAAGGUUGCUCAUAGCACAGGCCAUCUGAAGAUCAUUUCUGGUAAUUAAAACAGGUGGCACUGAUUGAUGUGCACUGAGUCACUACACUGUUGGGCAAACCACAUACGCAUCUCUAAUUUGGAGAGGUGUCUUCUGUCUUGGCUCUUGUGCCAUCAGUGUGCAUCGUUGUGCAAGCUUCGGGUGAGAGGGGUGCCAGCAUUUAAAUCAAAGCAUUCCCUCUCAGUGAAAGUAGUCCGGUGCAAAUUGCAAUGGACCAGCUCUGUAUACAUCUGCAAAGUGUCGAGCUGUCGAUUGCACGGGUGUUAAUGGAGACCAGUGCAAAAUACUCUUUAUUCCAGCCUGAUACUCAGCAAGUGUGUCGUUAACAGAGUCUAAACAAUGGACAUUUUGGCUUUCUGUGAAUGAUUUUGGUGUUACCAAACAAGACAGCUUUUGAGGUAGCAGCUCUUAAGUAUGAGGUUUGAUACACCAUGUGAUGGACAAUGUAUUGUUGAUUUUACGAAAUAGCUAACAUUUCCUUUAUUGUCGUACUUUCUAAUGCAUUGUUCUGCUGACCAGCAUGCAGCUCAACUGGAAUGCCAGUCACUGUGGCUACUGAAUUUGUCCUCUACUGAAAAGCGGGGGAAAAAUAACUGUUCUAUAAAUAUGAAUAUAUUUGUCAUGCUUGACAAGUUUCCGAAAUUCACUUGAUCACGGCUUUCGAAUUUGAAUGUAAUGGUGUAGCAGCUAUCGUUAUUUAUUUUUUAAGAGGUUUGUGUAUUCAUUUUUGCUUGUUUCAAUUUCUUGCAAAGCAACAUGUGGGUGUAUAUGGUUUAUUCUAAACUACAUUUGGAUUUUGUUGUAUGUUUUAAAAAAGUAUGUACCAAAGUCUGAGUAUAUUUCACAUUACUACUGUAAUUGUAAAUGUAAUGAAUAUUCACUGUGUAUUCACUGAAAACUAUAACCAAGCCUAUUUCAAGUGGUGGUACUGAUGACAGACAGACAAAGAUGGCAUUAUUUUGGCAUUGGCACAGUCUUAUUCCUCAAACACAGCAGUGUGCCGUGCUGUUCUCUUUAUUAACGGAUAUUUCAGGAUUUGUAUUUAGUGUUAUCUACUUCCCAAGAAAUUGAUUACCUCUUGGAUAUAGUUUUUGUGUAUCUGCAUUCAGUAUGAAGAAAGCUGUGAAGGAAGUUUUGUGAUAAAAUUCUAGCAAAAACUAGCUUAACAGAAAGACUGGAUGUUGACUGGAACAGUUAGCAUGUUAGCUUUUUCCAUAUACAUGCAGUCAUUGAGUUAGGAUUUUCUCAUUGAAACUACCUCCUAAAAUACUUCAAUCUGGAAAAACAUAAAUAAUAUCAGUAAAAUUAGUUUGUGCUUUGGGAAUUACAAAAAGGGCUUUAUUGCCAAACUCCAUUCCUUUAACAAUUGUGGACCUCUUCUAUGAAUCGAUAUUGUAUAAAAUAUAUGCAUAAGAUCUUUUUAAGAAUUAUUUUGCGGAAAAGUUAAUAAUAAUAUAGAAUAUUUGAACUGAAAUUGAAAAGGACAUGGAUAUCAUACAAUAUUUUACAUUAUUGGUCUAUUUACAUCUAAGCUCUAAAUAUGUAAUUAACGGUGUGUCAUGCUGUACUGUUUGCUGUAACUCAAGAUGUGCAUGGCAUCGGCAUGGCAUAGGACUGUGGAACUCAUCGUAGAGACGUCAAAGACAUUGUCAGCAUUUCUGUGGUUUUAAAAUGAAAAGUGGCUAAAUGACUUUCAUAAAAGCUUUAUUUUUGUAA